UGUGGUUCACCGUUCGAUUCCACGCAGUUAGUCUCAUUGUACGCAGCUUCGAAGUUUUCACUUGUUUGGGGAGAAUACGUUCCCUUUUACUACUGGAUGUAAUGCACUUUUCCUUUUACUGAUUUUCUUCACUCUGUUGCUGAAACACACAUCUACUGGAUUGCAUUGCGAGAAAUGCACGCAAUCGUUUGUGGGGUGGGGAAUUAUGCUGCAAAAUUUCACCUUGAGGAUUGAUUUUAUUUUAUUUUCUACACGAAGCAUAUAUUCUUGCACAUUGGAUCCUAUAAUUAGGUGGCGAGGACAGAACUACAUUACUGCACAAGUAUUCUGAUUUCCUAAUUUUAUUAUAACCUAUGGCUAGUUCCUCUUCACAAACUGGUCCCUGGUUCAAUAUUUACACCGUGUCUUCCUGGUUCGCUCCUCAUUUUUGAUUUAUUUAAUUUCCCGUUUCCCCCGCCUUUCGCAUAGUAAAAAAGGACGAGCUUUUUGCAAAUUCAUAACGUUGGACGGGAAGACCGCUUAAGCGCAUUCAGUUACCAAUGCAUUCAGCAUUGGCUUUAAUAACUAAUUUUCCCCAAAAUUUAUCACGGGAGUGGUAGUUUUCCCUAGUGCAAAUGUCCCCCCCCCCCGGCAUAAUGGUGUUAUUUGUCGAUCACGAGCUUCCCAGCUGUGGAAUGAAUCAUCUAGCAGGCUCAGUCAAGUGAAGAUCUGCCUGUGUGCGAAAUGAAAAUGGCUCCGAGAAGGAAUUCUGAAAGGAAGGGGCUGGAGCCUUUGCUCUGAACGUAAAGAAGAAAUGGGGAAACGGGGGAGAAACUCCGCUUGCUUUACAAACUAUAUAAUAGUUAGCUUGUGCCUUCUGCUGGUCGGAUUUGUUUCUUGGGGACCUGUAAAGGCGAGGCCUUUGCUCCAUCCUAAAGAGAGCUGUGGUACUUGUGGAAAGCCUAAUGUUGUGCUGGUGAUGUGCGAUUCUUUUGAUGGAAGGCUAACAUUUUCCCCAGAAAAUGAAACAGUAGUUUUGCCUUUUAUAGAACUCAUGAGGAGGCAAGGCAGUCUCUUUCUUAAUGCCUACACCAAUUCUCCCAUUUGCUGUCCAUCCCGUGCAGCUAUGUGGAGUGGCCUUUUCCCUCACUUAACUGGGUCUUGGAAUAACUUCAAGGGCUUAGAUCCAAAUUAUACUACAUGGAUGGACCUUAUGGAAAAGAAAGGUUACUAUACUAAAAAAUAUGGAAAACUAGAUUAUACUUCUGGACAUCAUUCAUUAAGUAACCGUGUGGAGGCUUGGACCAGAAAUGUUGAUUUUUUGCUUCAGCAAGAAGGCAGGCCUGUGGCUAAACUCAUAGGCAACAAGACAUAUAUAAGAGUUAUGCAAAAAGAUUGGAAGGUUACUGAAGAAGCAGCAAAUUGGAUAAAAAAUAAGGCAACUAAACUAUCACAGCCCUUUGCUCUGUACCUCGGACUAAAUUUGCCUCACCCAUAUCCUUCACCAUCCUCAGGAGAAAAUUAUGGGGCAUCCACAUUUCUCACAUCUCCAUAUUGGCUACAAAAGGUGAAUUAUGAUGCCAUAAAGAUUCCAAAAUGGCCUCCAUUUUCAGAGAUGCACCCAGUUGAUUAUUAUUCUACUUACACCAAGAACUGCAGUGGGCAAUUUACACAGGAAGAAAUCAGAAAUAUUCGAGCACAUUAUUAUGCCAUGUGUGCAGAAACGGAUGCCAUGCUUGGUGAGAUACUUUCUGCUCUAAAUGAAACAGGACUGCUUGGAAGAACUCAUGUAAUAUUUACUGCGGAUCAUGGAGAACUUGCGAUGGAACACAGACAGUUUUAUAAAAUGAGCAUGUAUGAAGCAAGUUCCCAUAUUCCCCUCCUUAUAAUGGGUCCAAAUAUUAAGUUGCAGUCCAUAUCAAAUAUGGUGUCCCUUGUGGAUAUCUAUCCUACCAUGCUUGACAUUGCAAGUUUCCCCAUUCCAAAAACCAUCAGUGGAUAUUCACUGAUGCCUUUGAUAUUAGAAAAUAUUACAAAAGCCCUAUCUAAAAGACGCCGUCCUCCUUGGAUUCUGAGUGAGUUUCAUGGCUGCAAUGUGAAUUCUUCAACCUACAUGCUGCGAAUUGACAAGUGGAAAUACAUUGCUUAUUCAGACAGCCACUCCGUAUCUCCUCAGUUGUUUGAUCUUUCAAAUGAUCCAGAUGAACUAACAGAUGUAGCCACAAAGUUUCCAGCAAUCACACAAUCUUUGAACAAGAAGCUAUAUCAUGUAAUUAACUAUCCGAAAGUCUCUACUGCUGUUGAACAAUAUAAUAAACAGCAAUUUAUUAGCUGGAAGCAAAGUUUAGGGCAGAACUAUUCAGAUACAAUAGCUAACCUUAGAUGGCAUUGGAGCUGGAAAAAGAACCCAAAGAAAUAUCAACACGCCAUUGACACAUGGAUUAAUGAAUGAAUUAGUAAGGUUUCAGAUAACAUACAAACAUUGUAUUGAAUAAUUUAUAUCUUGCUGCUGUAAAAGAGAACAUAAAAUCAAAAUUGUCCACUGUUCCCAGCUUCCCCAUCUCCCUAUAAAUUCACCCUAUCAACCAAUUCCUUAACCAGGGUGCAUUAGUCAGAUUCAAAACUAGUUAAGAAGACAAAUUCCUUGUGUGUCCAAUCAUACUUGGCCAAUAAAGAAUUCUAUUCUGUUCUCUUCUAAAACCUGAUAAUGGAUAACAUGAUGCUGCUAUCGGUUGUGUUGUAAUAAAGAUAAUGACACCACAUAUGUAGUGUAAUUGGGCAAAUGGUGAUGCCAUUAUAUCAGUGUGUCCCAACAUCUAACAACGUAUUUAAGUUGUUGCAUUUAUACAAUCACAUGGUCAUGCAUGUUGUAACAUUUGCUCUGCUUACUUUCCCAAUGAUUUGAUUGUCCUCAGGGCUUUUUACGUAAAAAAAAAAAAAUCAAACUUAUCAGCUCUUGCCUCUCUACUCCUACAAUAUGGCACUUGGAUGAUAAGAAACAUUCCAUGUCCUUUUGACUGAGGUUCUUCAUCUGGUGGCCUGUAACUAAGCCAUACAAUGUGAGUCCUUGGUGGUGUCUGAGCUUGGUUGUUUGCUUGCAGAUAGUUCAUUACAUAUGCAUAUGGAUAUGGAUACAGGCAAACAAAACGAUGUUUGGUUUGGGUGUUAUAUAAAUCCAGUCUGAUGUUUUAGUGUGAAUCUAUAACAUAAAGUAUGGUUAGUCUAAGUAGUGAUUUAAGAGGAUAGCUUAAUGUUGGCUCCCCAGGGCAUUAUUUGCUAUAAUUGCUGAGACUUGGUAAUUUUCAGUCCAAUAACAUUGAUCCAAAGGCUGGUUUAGAUAAAUAAGCCAACUUCAUAGUGCACUUACGAAGUUAAGUAUAGUUGAACAAAGCUAAUAGGAUUCAUAGUUUUGAUUAUGAGACAUAAUUAUAAAAAGUGCCUCUGGGAAUGCCAAAGGUAAAUAAAGUAUGUGUGUAGCACCAUCGUUUAAUCUGAUAUAUUAUUUUUAAUUUUAAAAAAUUAGCAUUGCUCACAAGUAAUAUGACAAGCUCAUUAAAAGGAAAGUCAUGGGGUAAGAGGGUAAUACAAUUGACCUUGUGAACCAAUCCUUAUACUUUUACUGACCUGCUGAGAUGAAAAUAUGACCGCUUGCUAAGGAUAGGGGAAAUCCCAUAGCAGCUCUGCAGCCUAUUGCAGUAGAACAGUUGAGAAAGGCCAAAUUAAGUGGAUAUCAGGACUUAUAAGGUCAAAUUCUGCAAACAGCAAACAUGAGGGCAUCAUUCUGCAAAGCAUAUUGUGCCAAAACUAGACUUUUAGACUAAAUCACACGCUAAGAACAGCCUUUCAAUCAUAAAUGAUUUGGAACAGUUGAAAAGGCCAAUUUCUUGUCCUUUGUCCCUUUUUUUCCCUAAGCAUUUAUCUCUACUUGAGAACAAAUGCUCUAAGUGACUCAUAAGUAAGUCUUCCAAGAUAAAGUACUUUACACUGUGGCAGGUUGCAUGAAAACAUUUGGCCACCCAUUGAGCAAUGAUAGCUUGUGAAAAACUGCUUCCCAGACAUGUUUAGAACAAUCAAAAUGUUGGCUGAAAUUAUUAAAGAGCAAUUCCUUAUAUGAUUUUUGUCAUUUUCAAGAAUAUAUUAAUUCCAUUAUGAACAACCAUGCAGGGCCAGAAGCCAUUUUAGUGCAGCAGCACUACCCUCAUACUAAUCAGAUGUUCAACAGGAUCUCAAAAUGGGUCGUGAGAACAAAAUAUUCUCCAGCAGCAUUUUAUUCUGAGCUACAUUGGAGCUUAGUAUGAGGCGUGACCAGAAGCCAGAUAGUAUUAUUGUCCACAACAACUGUUAUAUUAUCAGUACUCAGUUAACUUUGCUUAUAUAUAAAAGGACAUUGAUUUAGUAAUGAUCAACUUGUCUCAUUGAUUUCACUUAGUCCACAAUCCAAAUAUUAUGCUGGAUCUAAACUAGUAUUGUAUAUUUAACAUUUUGGGCAUAUGGGACAUAUGAACAAGGUGUACAUCAGUCAUUACAGUAGGAACACUCAGAAAAUAGAAAAGUAAGAUUUCACUCAUCCAACAUAUGUACAUAUUUGGAUGUGAACAAAGCUUUCUACUUUCUAGGUAACAAAAGUCUUUCCAUAAGGUCUCAGAAGAAAGCAUUCUCUGGCUGGAUCUUGUUUGUGGUCAAAGGUUAAACAAGGUAGGCCCUGAUUAACACUUUGAUGGGAGGCCAUCAAGAAAUCAUAAGGCUAGCUUCAGAGUAAAAAAAACUAGAAGAAUUGCUAUUAUCAAGAAAAAUACAUGGAUAUAUCGAUAUAGUCAGUAUGAAUUCCGGGCAUUGAAAUCUAUGCAUCUUAAGAGUUUCCAAGGUUGAGAAACACUGUUAGAGUAAUGAAGAGAUGGACAUCUUUCAAAA